AGGGCGAACAGUACGGCUUCGAGAAUGGCGCGUAAAACUCGGUUUGUUAUUCGAGCUGCAGCUUUGGCUUCAUUCUUAUGCGUUCUGUCGCAUAUAUUUGCAGUUUUCAGACCACAACAACGCCAGCAAGUUUCUUUCGAGGCUUUUUCAUCUUCCUCGUCAUCAUUAGUGCUUCAAAAUACAAAACGUUUCAGCAACGCCGAGUGGCAUUCACGUACUGACCAGACGCAAGAAAUUCGCAUAGUGACAACUGUCUGUGGGGGUCGUACUGCUGAAAGUUUAGCUAUGAUGAAAUCCGCUUUGAUAAUGAGUAGACCUAGCACUUUCAUCAGAUUCAUCGUGCUUGCUGACAACAAAUCGAUCGUUUUCUUGACGGAGGCCAUACGACUCUGGCCUGACAACAUUUUGAACCGCAUGUCGCUUGAUCUGCGUCCGAUCAGUUUCCCUGGUGACGGCCAUGACGAUUGGAAGGCAUUAUUCAAACUCUGCUCCGCUGAAAGGCUUUUUCUUCCGAGUUUGCUAAAGGAAGUGGACUCAGUGUUGUACAUGGAUGUCGACACGGUUUUCCUCAGUUCCCCAUUGCACGUUUGGCAACACUUGGGUAAAAUGAGCGAAACGCAAAUGGUUGCUCUCGCUCCUGACGAACAAGAUUAUGCAGACGGAUGGUAUCCCGCAUCUGCAAACCACCCCUAUCAUGGGAAGUUUGGCGUGAAUGCGGGAGUGAUGUUGAUGAAUUUGACCAAAAUGCGACACUUCGGUUGGGAAAAAUAUGUCGUUCGCCUAUUUGAACAGUAUAAACACAGAAUAAUGUGGGGUGACCAAGACCUCAUUAAUAUCUUCUUCCAUUUUCAUCCUGAAAAGCUUUACGUCUAUCCUUGCAACUACAACUACCUCGCACAUCAUUGUUCCAAAACGAGCCUUUGUAAGGAAGCUGAACAACAAGGAAUUUAUGUCCUUCAUGGAAACACAGAAGCUUUUCUUAACGAUCGACUACCCGCAUUAAAGGCAAUCUAUACUUCCAUCAAACAGCAUUCGUUUAGCGAUAACUUGCAAACGCUGUUGGCCAAUAUGAAGGACAGUCUCAUCAAAACUGGACACACAUCCAAUUGCGGUAAAGUAAUGAACUCCUUGCCCAAGCUGUUGAUGGACACAUGAACACACCACAGUUCUGAGCAGAUACCAGCUGAUAUUGUAUGUUUUUUUGUUGUUUUUUUGUUUUUUUUUUUUUACAAUACUUAUUGUGUUUCAUUGUUCAUACAUCAAUUGGUCGUUUCAAGUAUAUUUACGUCAAGGCAUUAGGUGUAAUGCUCUCUUCUUGGUUCUUGCAACUAGAGUAAUGGCUGCAUAAACCUAUGAUAGUGCUUAAGUUAUUCUUUUGUUUCUUAUAUGGUAUUCUGUUUAUUCCUAUUUUCAUGACCGCUGAUGUAAUGAGGUGAUUUCUGUGUCAUGCUCUCUUACGUUUUCCAUACACGUUACAGACAUCACUCUA